AUGUCACUUCUUAUAGGUAGUUCAAGUUUUUGUGACAUAAAUUUGAAAUAUCAUCACACUGUAAACGAAAGUGAAGUUUUAACAGUGGUGCAGAAUGUAUGUGGAUAUCCGAUACCUGAAUUGAAAUGGAAAGUGGGAGAUGACAACUUCAGUACUGCAUCUAGCCCUUCUGUUAUUAAUAAUGAAACCAGACAAUACGAAUACAGUUUUAAGACUCGACAUAUCACUCGCAAAGAUUGUGGAAGAAACCUCACAUUUGUUACUUCUAAUACAAUAGGAAGUAUAGAAAGAAAUGCCAAAAUUGAUGUGAAAUUUGUUCCUUCACCAGUCUCGAUGGUUUCGUUGUCCAGUUAUAAUGGAACCUGUGUUCGUGUCACUUGGGAUGGAGAAGAUACUGGGAAAUGUAUUCUCAAUUACCAUGUGUGGUUUUCUGGUAGAGAGAUUACUUAUAACACGUCUAACACAUAUUUUACACUCUGCAAUGCAACAGAUGUUCGCAAUGUUACUGUUUGGGCAUCAUACAAUGCAAAUGUGGAGGAACAUUUUACCACAACUUCAUCACCAGAUAUCACCUUGACAACAAAUAGCACCACAACUUUGUCACCAGAUAUCACCUCGACGCGAAACAUAGCGACGACCAAUGCAGUAAAAUGUGUACAGAGAACAUGUGAUUGCCAAUCUACAAGUAACAUUACCGUUUCGAUCAUUGUCACAUUAGCUAUCACACUGAUUUUAAUUACAAUUGUUUUUAUAAUUUCAAAACAAAAAGGUUUUAUUAUUGUCAUCAAAAGGCGGAAAAGACCACCACAAAUCUAUAAAAAUCGAAGUACUGAAGCAGAGUCGACAAUUUCUCAUUAUUCAGAUGUUGACGCCAAAGCUCUGAAGUAUAUAUGCAAAUUUGCCAACGACGACUGA